AUGCAAGCACCCUUGUCAUCCACCUCCACCUAUUUACUGCCCACCCUGCCUGCCAACACUCGCACCUGCAUCCAUGACCUCUUCGAUGUUCUCCCGUUCGACAACAUCGAGAACCUUCAAGAGGUCCUGAACCCAGAUUCUCGCCCGGCCUCGGUCUUCUCAUAUCUUUCACUAAGCAUCUUAUCAGCACUUUUCCCGAUCACUACCAAGGCCUCCUCGCUGGCGGUAUCUCUGCGAUCCAGAUCCCUCUCAUCCAGUAGCUCGGAUCUCGAUACUUCUAUUGUUAUCAUGUCCAACAACAACGUCGCAUCAGUCGUACAGUCCUCCACGAAGCACGCUCCCAUUCUCACCCCAUGGAAAAUCUCUCCCACCAUUGCACACUCGUGGGAGAACACUUACCCUGGCUUCCAAGACACGAUCAUUAGUGACUGGUACUACAACGAUGUGGAUACCUACGAUGCAAUGAGCUGGAAAGAUUUCCUCUCUGCCUUCCAUUCCCGCUUCUUACCGAAGGGCUGGGAAUCAUCCAUCCUUACCCAGCUCCUUUGUUCACGCCAGAGAGAGGACAAAUCUUUCCAAGACUGGGUCCUCUCCAUUGAGAAGCUCAACACAAUUCUCCGUGGCUCCCCCUCUCGCCUCGAUGAUGCCCACCUCCGUGCACAGAUCAGCGCAAACAUCUGCGCGCCGGACUUAGACAAUGUCGCUGACGAGAUUGUAGUUUUGUCGCAAGCCGGAAAGGUGGAGUACAAGCGGAAUCAAGUCCGCAUGGGGUCUGAGAUGCAAUGA